CAAUAUGAGUCUGUAAUUGUUUUAGAUACUCCAGAAAUCAAAUACGGUCAGUGGCACAAGAAAAAGCCAGGAUAUAUCUAUCGUAAAGAAGCAUCGUCCUGGACUAUUAAUCAUAAAAUUGACCAGGGAGGUAGUGGAAAAACAACACGAGCUAUCUGUGCAUUUCCCAAUCGAAAAGUUGUGGUUCUCACUCCAGCAAACUUGCUUGCCGAGUAUCAUAGAAAACAAAAUCCAGGCUUAACAGCCAUGACAUAUCAUAAGUAUUUUCAUUUAGGAGCAACUGCAAUCGAUGAGUGGGAUCCUGCAUGUCUCGGAAAGAAGACACUUGCCGAAAUACUAAUCUUCGAUGAAGCAUGCAUGAUACCUAGAAAAGUAUUACAGAGAUUGUUAUCUUAUGCCGAAAGCCGAGGCUGUCAAAUAAUUAUGUGUGGCGACCCUGGUCAACUUACAUCAUGGGGUGACAAAGAAGGCCCGCAUAAAUUUCUUACAGAAUGGGCUGACGAAGUAAUCUGGUGUAUGGAAGACUUUCGUGCACAAGACAAUGAACUCAAGGCAUUAAAAUUACGUAUGUGGAUGAAAAAUGAUCUUGCUCAAUUACUAGAAUUUC